GGGGUCGAUAUUCAAACAUACCGUCUUCGCAUUGGGACGAACAAAUUUGCUCACGGCACAAACGUUGUUUUGCUGCAAUGCUUUGUCAACUUCUCGGCGGGAUUGAAGGCAGUGGGAGCCGUUACAUUCAUAGUAAUGCUGCUUCUGAUGGCUGGCAUUGAACCGAACCCAGGACCUCCAAAGAAAGACUUGCAAGCGCAAUCUGACGAGGAUUCAGCAAAUAAUACACUCGAAGCGCACUUUGAACGCUUUAGGGCAACAAACCGAUCGCGAAGACUACAGGAAAACAUGCGACCUCAAUGCAGUGUGACCAGAAAUUCAAAAGAAGUCUCUACAAAUGAGGUUGAAGCACAACAGACAAAACCGAUUAUUGCAGUCAAGCCCAAAUUCUUACGUACGAUGGAUGACGCUAAAACCAGUAAAAAGGUGUUGGAAACACCAGAUAACUCACUAGAGUCCGGAUCCUCUUGCAUUGAAAUGGAACCGCAAACACAAGCGUCUCCGCUGGACCAACAUACGACUCAAGUUCCGGUGCCAAUAGUACCAGCAAGAGGAGCGGCGGAUCGUAUUGAAAGGUAAAUUUCAAUUUUUCAUAAAUGUUUCAAGUACAUGUGCAAUGUAAGCAUACACAUUGAGAGGAAAUUUCAAAUUUAGAGGACAAUGAUAAGGUAAU